GUGGCGCUUGUUAAGAGGGAAGCAUGGAAAGGGGAGCGGCGCGCCUCUGCCGGGGGCUGACCCUGUCCGGGCGGGCAGGCUGGAGAGAGCGCACGCCAGACGAUGGAAAGAGGAUGGAUGCGAUGUACGAGAGGAUGGAUGUGGGCAGAGAGAAGCCAGUCACUUUGGAGCCACCGGAGCCCUGUCUGCAAAGAGUGGCCCCACCAGACACCUCAGCAGCCUGCUGCGGGCUUAUGAUCCUGUGGAUACUUAUUAUGGGGGUGGGCACCAAGGAACAGUGGCCAUCCGGUACCCUCCCUGCGCCAUGGUCAACCGUGCUGAAUUGGGUGUUCACACUCCGAGUCUCAGAGUACACAGCACCCACCUUCUGGCCUCAGGCGGUGCUAGGCAGAGGCCUUGAUUCGCCCCUCACACCACCACUGCAGCCUGCCUGCAUACGUCUGCAGCUUCCCAGCCACACACAUCCGGGCCUGGCUGCUCACACUCGGAUUUACCAAGACAAGCUACAGUUUCGGAUGGUGGUAGUGUACUCCAGCCCUGAGGCCCGGCACAUCAUCUGGGGCCUGAUGUUUCGGCCGAUCUGCCAGUGCAGUGCCCAGAAGGGAACUUGGAGUAGCCUGGCUGUUCACCCUGAGCGCAAUACUCCAGACAGACUGUCAGCGCAGCCACUGUCUGGGGUUCGGAGCUGUGGAGAGGAAGUUAUCUCACCUGGAGCGAGCGCACCGUCUAGUGGGGAAACCAAGUCUGCAGCCUAAAAUGCUGAGAGCAUCAGGUCAGGAGAGCCUGUCUAAACAAAUGUCUCUGCCAUGCAGGCUUCCUGGGAGAAGCGAAAAAGAAUUAAAAGGAAAUCUCCAGAAGAAGAG